CUAUCAAAGACGUAUACGUACUUAAAAAUCCGAGACACACUCUCCCGUUUUUUGUUGAUUACAAGUAACAAGUGAUUGUGACUGUUUAAUCAAAAGCAUAUCGCGAUCACGAGUUGAGGAUAAUUAAGUCAAGUUAGUGGUUGUAGGUUACGAAAUUCCGCUAUUAAUACGUCGAGCUGAACGGACUGCAGUCGCCCGCCGUAGAGCGCACGGUGCAGGUCUCUCUCUCUCUCUCCUCUCCCGCACAUCACAACACACUCAUCCAGACUUUAUCAUCCAGAGUUCAGCUGGCUUGGCAAAGCUUGCCGCAUUUAAGAAUAAUCACACAUCCUAAUAUCAUUUUUGUCGUUUGAAAAAAUACUUAAGUACUCUCGGCAAAAAGUAAUUAAAAAGUCGGCAGUGAAUAAAGUGGGUGAUGAGCUGUAAAUGAAUUGGGUUUAAAUACGUGUACCACGUAUAUCAAAUACAACACACAGUAAGGGGUGAACUGACAGCUGGUGCAGCCUUAACCUUGUUGUCGCCGCUAAUUGCAAGAGCCACUGCAGCUGGUUGGUCUCACUCCAUCCAGAGUCCACCGAACGACAAGACGAAGAAAAAGGGAAAAAACAACGCAAGCGGAGCCACAGCGAUGUCGCGAAAACGGUGGUGAUCGAGAGACCGUAACGAGCUAAAAAACAGUUACCAGAGAACAACAAAGCAAAAGAGCAUCACCCGGAAGAGGAUGGCGCGCCCGGGUGGAGCGUCGCCGCUUUCGCCAACGUCCCCGCUGGAGUCGCGGAUCCCCCGGUUCUCGCCUCUGACCUCACCGUCGCCCCUCCGACGCACCGGGAGCCAGAGAACCCCCAAAGCGACCGAGCUCUUCCCUAUCAUCGCCGAAAACUCCAACGCCAACCACCGCACCCCACCCACACCCAUCCGGAGAUCCAACUCGAGCCUGUCGCUGACGCCACUGCGAAAUCGGCGUAGCACCGGCAGAGGAGCCGGCGAUGAGUUUAGCGAUUCCGAUAGCGUCAGGAGCUUGUGCAGCACGAGCGGCGGCUUACACUGCGACCACCCGAACUUUGCCCUCAACGGCUCGACUUAUGGAUCGCGCGGUUACCUUCACUACUGCGCGGGUAGUCUGCCAACCCAGCCCGGCGAGUAUCGGACCCCGACUCAGCGAGCCACGCAGGAGGUGCGCCACGUCCAGAGCCAACUGCGCCAGGCUCGCAAGGAGCUCGACGAGAAAAACAGCCAGAUCUCCCAGUUGACCAUGGAGCUGGUCGAGUUGCGCCUGUACAAGACAGAGUCCCAGAAACAGCAGCAGCGGGAGGAAGAGGAACACGAGAGCGUCGACGGUGGUGGUCUCGCGCAGCCUGACGAUUCCAAGGAGCAAGUGGGUCAGAUGGUGAACAGCGAAGCGGCGGCUGUCGCGGUGUCCUCGUCCUCGCUCGUCGACUCGGGCCAUUUCGACGCGGCGUCUUCUACGUCCUCGACGACGGCCCAGUACAGAGAGAGCGGUCUUCUCGGCGAGGGUAGUCCGCAGUACCGGCGGCGACUCCGGGAGCUCGAGGAUAUCCAAGAGCUCAAGCAGAACCACAACGACAGGGUCGAGGCCCUCCUGAACCAGCUGUCGGAGAUGAGCACGCGCUACUUCGAGGCCGUCCCGAGGCUCGAGCAGGAGUCGACGGCGAGGCGCCAGGCCGAGAAGGAGGUGGUCGAGCUGCGGGCCCAGCUUGAGCAGCUCAAAACUCAGCUGGCCGAGCAGGAGGAGCGCGUUAAAAACAUGUACCUGAAGAUGUAUGCCAAAAGCCAGGAGACCAAUUGCGUAGUAGACCAGCAGGAACAGCCCAGUAACCAGGUGUCGGAGACAGAUCCAAAUAAUCCUGACGCGAUCACGGUACCUGAGCUUUUGAAGAAGUUAUCCAUCACGGAAGCCGAGUUGGAGUACACAAAAGCACAGCAGGAUCAAUCAAGCUGUGCGGCCGAACUUUUAGCUUUGGCUAGUCGUUGCCAAAGCUUAUUAACAGUUUCAGAGGCUGUUUCGCUUUACAUCCUUGUUACGCGUAAGGCCUUGUACAGGCGUCUUGUGGACUCCAGAAAUCAAGUACAAGACCCUGAAAUCACGGAUACAACCAAACUUCAAUUCCUCAAGUCAGCUGUGUAUUAUUUCCUUACCGAUAAGGAAAAUCUUCAUGGACAUUUGAAGGCUAUCGAAAGUAUUUUAGGUUUUACAGAUGCAGAAAAACUUAAUAUUGAUAAGGCAUAUGGGUCGAUUAGGAAGUAAAAGUAUUUUGCCUUUAAAAAAGCUUUCAAACAAGUGUAGCUAGUAUGAUGCGUCGCGAAAAAUACAUGUUUUUGUUUUGAACAAAUUUUAUUUUAUGUAAUGACAAAUAGUUACUAUGUUUUAUGGGUGUAAAAGUUUCAUUUAUUGUAUCCGUCGUCUUGCGAUUGAAUUAAUUCAGUUUUUGUCGAAAUAAGCUGUCCAAACUUUGAAAAACAAUUUCAUGGACGAAAAUGAAGUGAGUUAAAAUGUAACUUGAACGAUGACAAAACAAACAAAAACUCUGCAUCUCUACUAGCAAAAAAAAUAUUUCAAAAUGAUUACUACAAAAGUUUUAGAUUAGUAGCAGUAAAAGUAAAAUACGGACGUAAAUGUUUCGUCAAUGGAUUUAAAAUCCAAUUGUACGGACAUUUUAGUGAAAGCAUCACCCAAAAAAUUGUUUUUACCAGUAAGUUUAUUUAUUCAAGUCUUGAUAAAUUUUUUAGAGAUAAUCAACUAAAGUUUUGAGAUUUCAUAUUACACAUAUCAAUGUGUAAUAGUAUCAACAUAGAAUACGCUAUAUCAAAUUUACUAGGACGGACUACAUUUCAAAUUUACUGAGAAGAAGCGUUAAAUUACAAAAUCUGUUUCGUUAAUUUAAAAUUCAUGCGUUAGACAAUGAAAUCGAAGUACACUAUUAUUCAUAUCUAAUGUGCAUCAUCUCUCGUAAUAUUACUGGAUAUGAAUGACAAAUUUCAAAACUUUAGCACGAUAUAGUCAUAAAUGUCAAAGAUUUUUAAUAUUAAGUUGAUGUACCUAAGAGUGACGUGUCCAGAUACAAUUCUUAAGAGACUGAUAAAAAAUGUCGACGAGCUUUGCUAAACUGUUCAAGUGGACAUAGUUCCCUUAUUACUAAUUUUUCUGAUUUAUACUUAUUGUCAAUAAUUUGAUUUUUUCACUUUAAAAUAGCACAUAUAGGCGUCCAUUAAUUCAGUUUAUCUCUGUUAAACAAUGUGUUCCAAGUUUACUAAGUAACAUUCAACUAUGAUUUCUACCAGGUGAUAAUUUUGAUUUGUAAUAUAUUGCUGUAAUGCAAGAGUUCCUGCCUUAUUGAUUUGAAUUUAAAUUCAAAUCAGAGAUGCGAGUGUUUUAAAAGAAUAGUUGUACUAGUUUUACAGCUUUCACGCUUUUAUAUUUGUAGCUAAUUGACAAAAUGUUUUGUAAUUUAUUUUUGUGAAACUAAAAAAUUGUGAUUUUUUUACUCCACUGCUUAGCACGUGCUUGAGUUAAAUCUUACAAAGUUAUUUCUUAUUGUAAA